GUUUGAAAGAGAAGGAAUCAGCUGUCAUGGAGUUCAGCCAAGUACUGCUGCUUUCCCUGGCCCUGUUGGGCUUCCUGUGGUGGAAGAUAUCUCGACCAAAGUCUUUCCCUCCGGGUCCACUGGCGCUGCCCAUCAUUGGCAACUUGUUGCAGAUUAAUUUCUCCAAUCCCCUAAAGGAUAUAAAGGAGUUCUCCAAGGUGUAUGGUCCAGUGUACAGUCUACAACUGGGUUUUGUACCAGCUGUGGUGGUUCGAGGUAUCAAGGAUUUGAAAGAAGUUUUGGUUACCAGGGGUAACGAGUUUGCAGACCGACCUCAGAACAGACUUACUAAGCUCCUCUCUGGUACACGAGGUUUAAUUGCUUCCCCUUAUGGUCGUGGUUGGAAGGAGCACAGACGUUUCACUCUGUCCACACUAAGGAACUUUGGCCUGGGCAAAAAUUCCAUGGAAGAGAGGAUUUCCGAGGAGAGUGUGCAUUUAAUCCAGUAUAUGAAACAGAACAAAGAUAACCUGGUCGACCCUCACUUUGUCAUCGAUAAUGCUGUGUCCAACAUAAUUUGUUCCAUUGUCUUUGGGAGACGGUAUGAUUAUGAUGAUUCUACAUUCCGUGACAUUCUUAAUCUCGUCCAUGAAAACAUGAAGAUGGCUUCUAGCUUUUGGGCACAGCUGUAUAACGCAUUUGGAUUUGUCCAUUAUCUCCCGCUGCCACACCGAAGGAUUAUCCGAAACGUAGAUGUUGUUUUUGGAUUUCUUGAAAGGAUCUUGGAGGAGCAUAAGAGAACCAGGACACCCGGUGUAUCCAGAGACUACAUAGAUUGUUAUCUGGAAGAGCUGGACAAGGAACAAGAAGUGGAGAACGGCAAGAAGGUGUUUGAUCAUGAGAAUCUGUUUACCUGCGUGUCUGAUCUGUUUGUGGCUGGGACAGAGAGCACAUCUUCAAGCCUGGAGUGGGGCCUGCUCUACAUGAUGGCAUUUCCAGAUAUUCAAGAGAAAUGUCUAAAGGAAAUAGACAAGAUUCAUGGAGACCGGGGCAGGCUUAAUUAUGAGGACCGGGUGUACAUGCCAUACACACAAGCUUUUCUACACGAAGUACAACGUUACAGCUCAAUAGUGCCUCUAGGAGUACUUCACGGAACAACAAAAGAUGUACAGCUUAAUGGUUUCACCAUCCCAAAGGGAACCACCAUUAUCACAGAUCUCUCUUCACUUCACUUUGAUGAGACUUACUGGAAGUAUCCAAACGAGUUUAAUCCAGAGAACUUCCUGAGCGAGGAUGGGGAGCUACUGAAACAAGAAUCCUUCUUACCCUUCUCUGCAGGCCCACGAAGCUGCCUUGGAGAAAAUCUCGCUCGCAUGGAAAUUUUCCUCUUUUUUACGGCUCUGCUCACUCACUUUGAAGUCCACUGGCCAGACCCCAAAUCUACUCCUGACCUCACGCCGGUGUUUGGCAUCUCACAGGCCCCUAAACGCUAUAAGAUGCGCCUGGUGCCACGCAGAUGAUCCGUAUGUUGUAACUGGGCAGUGGAUAAUGAUUAUGACCUCGAACAAUGAGUGAAGGGGGCUCUACUUAGGGGGUACCCCAUUUCUUAAGGACACUUUACAGCAAUUGAAGAAGUAAAGUCUGUGUAUAACUCACAAGAAAUAAAAAUGUAAAAACCUAACUUUUAUUAAAAGCAAUGUGAAAAAUA